AGUUGCGGUUGAGGUGUCGUACGUGUUGGGCACAACGUAAAAAACGCUAUACAGCAGCGAGCUCUGACAAAAUUCCGAACUACUUGGAUUGUGUUUUUGUUUUGUAGUGCGUUUGCAGGCAGAACUAUCAAAAAGCUAACGGUAUUUCGCAGAGCGUCGGGUCUGAAGUAACUUUUCCCCACUAUUUUUCCUACUAACAAAAACAAUUUAAAUAAAACAGUGCUCAAAAGUAAAAGCAUAGUUGGCAAAGCGAACAUAGUGCAAAUAUUUGAAAGUGUCUGUGUGUUAGUGCAACUCUGUUUGCAUUGUAAAUGAGUGCAACUCCUGUCAAAGGAGCUUCGCGCAUAAAAAGCGCUACACCGUGAAAAGUAAACAACGGUGGAAAGUGAAAUGUUUUGAAAUUUGAAUUCAAACUAGCCGAGGACACGCGCCGCCGAGCGCAGCAGGACCGACGGACAGGCGGCGAAGUGCGCGCUGUUCCACUUAUGCUCGUCAGCAAGGAGGUCGUGAAACGCGACUUGUUAAUGCAGAGAUACGAAGCAAACAGCGACAGUUUAAUAAGCACUAAAAAAUAUACAUAUCUAUAACACAUACAACAACAAAAAAUCAGCAAAACUGAUUGAAACGUGACAACAAUUCAAAAAGCCUAAUAAAACUGCCCCACAGAACAAAGCAGCACUAUAAAUUAAACAACAACAACGUGCAAGUAUUCAAAAACAAUAAAAAUAACAAAAAUUAUAAAAUUAUUUUAUUAUAAACAGCGAGAGAAUAACAAUUUGCUACCAGCCAGCCAGCUUCAACGUAGCAUAACUCAAAAACGCCACAAAAAAAAUAAACAUUCGCAAAGAAAAAUUAAAAAAAGCAAAAAAAAAAUACAUUAAAAAGCAUUGAAUACCAGCACACUGUCAACAACGCUGUGAAACGGUCAUGCAUGAUUUGUGUAUCACCAUUGUGGAGGAGCAUACGAAACGAGUUUGUCGAAAUUUCGCAUUGACGCACACGCGUCGGCGCACCAUCACCAUUGAGGAGGAGGAGGCGCCAUCCAGGCCACAACAAAAACAACAACAGCCGCAGCAGAGACAGCAAAAGGCGCAGUCGCUGCCACCAAUAUCGAAGUUAAACGCCAAAACAACAACGACCACAACCACAACAACCACGAAAGGUCCCAACACCACCACCAACAAACGCAUCACACGCGAGUACGUGCUGCCCAGCUCCACGCUCAGUGAGUCUACUUCUGUGACCGUAGCAGUGCCCACAAAUUCGUGUAUCAAAGUGUGGGCCGAGGAGGACAAAGAUCAGAACUUGUUGUUGCACAUUAGAAAGCAGCGCAGCGAUAAGCCUGGCGAGCGGGCGCAGCAGCGCAGCAUUUGAUAUACAGACUGCGAGCGACCUGCUGGGAAGGCGCAGCCGCAGAAGGGCUAUAAGUUGGUGAUCGAUUUGGAUUGAAGCGCCAUUUACGGCAACAAAAUUGUUUAAGUGCAAUAUCAGAUUAAUCUGAAAUUCUAAAAGAUUACCCACAACCACAAACUUUUGGAUCACAUACUAAUUUUAACAACACAUCACUUGUAACUUCGAUACACUCAAUGCAUCCCGCUAACUGCGCUUAAUAAUUUGUGCUAAUAACAAAAAAUCUGUGAACACCAUUUUCCAAACGAACAUGCACAUAGCCAGCAGUGAGCUGCAGGAAGAGGAAGAAAAGCUAGAAUUACCACUUAAAGAAAAAGAAAAUCUUCGAGCUAAUAUAACAAAAAUGAUCGCUGAUACCCAACCGGAGGUGAACAGCUCGAAGCCCAGUGCGCGCUUCUGCAUCUCGCGCAGCCAAGAGGAAGAAUCCAAGCCCACACUUUUGGAGGUUGAAACUCCCACGCACUUCGGGCGUACUUCACCACUGCUCUCCACCAAUCUACGCAGCUACGAUGCCGGCAAAGCUGACGUCUGCGGCGCCACCAAUAAUACCAUACCGCGCACCACAAAUCUGCGCUUGAAAUUUCGCAAAAGCCACACUUGUGGCAGCCUUUUUGCCAACUGCAAUUGCAGCAGUCCACCAGUAAUGCCGCCCCCCAUACACACAGCCGUCAGCGGUAGCAGCAGCAGCAGUACGUCACAAAAUUUGAAUACGCAACGCUCCAGUUAUGCCGCCGCGCCUUGCAUGUUCAAUUUUUCGAUAUCACCCACGAACGCGGACCUCUCCAGUCACAGCGUCUCCACGCAGCACACAUCGAGCGGCUUCUAUUCGCUCUCCGCGCAAACAUCGUCUGCUACAUCGGCGCAACUAUCGCGCGAUGAGAGCAUGAAUGUCAGCUUCGAUUGGUGCGGCAGCCAAGGAGAGGGGCGUUCGAAUAGUCUCGACAGCGGUGUUAGUGCUAGCGGUGGACAGUCAGCAACACUGCCGCAUCGCAAGCACAGUCCAGUCAGUUUUCGGCUAGCAAGCGUUACGGAGAACGAGCACGCUUCAACAGAGCAAACGCGCACCGCCACAGCGAAGUCAUUACAAGUGCCGGGUACUACUACAAUUGUAGACACUGCUGUAGUUGCGCCGGUUGUCACAGCACCGAUCUCACCGACCACAACGCGUAAAAACGAACGCAAAGCCAAACGGUUCUUUCAGUCCUAUUCACAUCCAGAUACGGAUUACAUCUUCACCGAUGCGAAUAAGAAACCGUCGCGUGAGUCACUCAUACAGAUACAUGUGCAACACCAGCAAGAACCGGUCAUAAAAACACGUGACGGUAAAUUAGAAUUUAAACAACCGAAACGUUCGUCCUCACCGAAUAUCGGGCAAUACCAAGUGUUGGACGUGGCUGUGCACCCUGACAUCCUUGUAAAAAUUUCACCAAAACAUUCGCCAGUACCGGGUUCGCACUACCAAACGCAAUCAACACAAAGUACACCGCGUUCGGCACAGCAACGUCGUCGCUUAUUACAACGAUCACACGAAAUUGACUCGGGCGGUUCGACAUCGGAGUCCGAGAAGAACUUUGAGUCGCCACCGGUAGGCAAUGCAACGGACUUAAAAUUACAAUUCGGCAAGGAAAACACUAGACAAGCGACAGAGAAAUUGGCGAGUCCAAUCAAAUCGAAAGCUCUGGUUGAGGACGCAAGUUUCGAUGCAGCGCAGAAAUACUUUGCGGAGAGUGGUAUUCUAGGACCGAUUAACACAGCUAGUCCGCUGAUAAGGAAGACUUCAAAAAUAUUACAGGAUACCAAUGUACAUGAGCAGAUUCGUAAAACGUCAAUGAUAUUGCGUGCCAACGGCGGCAUUAACAGCAGCAAUAACGCAAACAGUAACUACAGCAACACAUCAACAACAACGACAGCAGCAGCAGCAACAGCGACGCCAAAGCUACACUCACCAUCGUCACCGAAAUCGAAAGCACUGCUAUUAGGCGCCUCUUUAGCGGUAGUACCCGUGGAGAAACCCAAAAUUCACACAAUCGAUGAGCACAGCUACAGCAAGCAUAAUAACUGUAAUACACAGUAUAAUGUCUACAGCAUGGAGAGGCCCACACCAUUAACCUAUACCAACAAUAACAGCAGCAGCAGCAGCAAGAACACAAACGGCGUGAGUAAACCACAAUCCCCGCACACCAUGGCGACCACUUGUGGCUUCAGUCCCAACGUGACGACAAAGAGUUGCAACGUCACUGACGAUCGCGAUGCACAAAUCAAGAGUAUGCAAGGCGAAAUUGUCUCACUGAAAGAUGUCAUAAAAGCACGCGAUGCAGAAAUCGCCAAGCUACGCAGGGAAAUACACAAAUUGAAGAGCGUUCUCCAGCAAACAGCCAAUCCGUUACCCAUAGCCAUCGCUGAUCUGCCGCCAUCGCCCACAACACACACGCCUUUGCCCAAUAACUUUCUGCUCGCCAGUUCAAAUCAAAUUUGCACCCUCUGCAAGAAGAACUUUGAAGUGGACGCCAGUUCAAACCCGCGCAUAGGACAACUCACGCCGGAAAACAGCAAUUCAGUCGAAUCGAAUAGCAGUGAUGCAACUAACGCCGGUAACAUCACUGUAACCUGUGCACUGGCCAAUAAUGCCAACAAUGGCGACAAUAAUCAGCCGGUGGAGAUCGCCUUGGAUGCGGCUGCCGCACAAACGGCUACCGAGGCGGCGGCCACUGCGCUCCCCAGCAACGGGUUGAAGGCGACGCUGCUGCCAAUGGCAACACACCAGCAAGCGCCAGUGCUCAAGAAACAGGGUGUCUCCGGUGAGAGUUGUGAGACGUCGAUGCAGCAAUCGUUUAAUAUACCGAUACCGAAAUUUGAGAAGGAUUUCAGCUCCAAGCAACUCAUCAAGGACGCCAUUAUGGAUAACGACUUCCUCAAAAACAUCGAUGCGUCACAAGUGCGCGAGCUGGUGGAAUCCAUGUAUCCUCUCUCCAUCAGCAAAGGAGAAUUUGUGGUGCGCGAGGGUGAGGUGGGCGCUCAUCUAUACGUCUCGGCUGAAGGUGAAUUUGAAGUGGUCAAAGGUGGCAUUGUACUGAGUGUUAUGGGACCUGGUAAAGCUUUCGGCGAGCUAGCCAUUCUCUACAAUUGCACGCGCACAGCAUCUAUACGCGUCCUAUCGGACGCACGCGUCUGGGUGCUCGAUCGGCGGGUCUUCCAACAGAUCAUGAUGCGUACUGGCAUACAACGCAUUGAAAAUAGCGUGAACUUCCUGAAGUCGGUGCCGCUUCUAAAGAAUCUCAGCAUGGAGGUGUUGGCGCAAAUCGCCGAUGUGCUGGAAGUGGAAUUCUAUCCAGCCGGUACUUACAUAAUACGUCAAGGCGCCAGCGGUGACACUUUCUUCCUCAUCUCCCAAGGUAGCGUUAAGGUUACACAAAAAUUAACGCCUACCUCGGAGGAGAAGGAGAUCCGUACGCUGGAACGGGGCGAUUAUUUUGGUGAGCAGGCUCUCAUCAAUGAGGAUAAACGAACAGCGAAUAUUAUCGCUAUGGCGCCGGGCGUUGAAUGUCUGACGUUGGAUCGUGAUUCAUUCACACAGUUAAUUGGUGAUUUAUGCGAGUUAAAAGAGAAGAACUAUGGAGAUGAAAAUCGUGUGCUGGCCAUGAAGUAUGCUGAGAAGACGAAGGAGAUUUUCGGCGCUAAUGUUGAGCAAGAGUUCCCUGAGAUGAAGCUCACCGAUUUGGAGGUUGUCGCUACACUCGGCAUUGGCGGUUUCGGCCGCGUUGAACUUGUCAAAGCUUAUCGCGAGAAUAGAGUUGACACAUUUGCACUCAAAUGCCUCAAAAAGAAGCAUAUUGUCGAUACCAAACAGGAAGAGCAUGUCUUCAGUGAACGCACCAUUAUGCUAACGUGCGAUUCACCUUUCAUUUGUCGUCUCUAUCGCACAUUCCGUGAUGAAAAGUAUGUGUACAUGCUGCUCGAAGCAUGCAUGGGCGGCGAGAUUUGGACGAUGUUGCGUGAUCGUGGCUGUUUCGAUGAUAACGCGACACAAUUCAUCAUCGGCUGCGUUUUGCAGGCAUUCGAGUAUUUGCAUGCGCGUGGUAUUAUUUACAGAGAUCUCAAGCCAGAGAAUCUAAUGUUGGACGAGAGAGGUUAUGUGAAGUUGGUGGACUUUGGUUUUGCAAAAUAUAUUGGCAAUAGCAGCAAGACUUGGACAUUCUGUGGCACACCGGAGUACGUGGCACCAGAAAUUAUUCUAAACAAGGGACACGAUCGUGCGGUCGACUAUUGGGCUUUGGGUAUACUCAUACAUGAGUUGCUCAAUGGCACUCCUCCCUUCACCGCCACUGAUCCCAUGAAAACGUAUAACAUCAUUCUGAAAGGUAUUGAUAUGAUCGCCUUCCCUAAGCACAUGUCCAGAUCGGCUGUCCAGCUGAUUAAGAAGCUAUGUCGUGAUGUGCCAGCUGAGCGUUUGGGUUAUCAAAAAGGAGGCAUACAGAAUAUUAAAAAACACAAAUGGUUCCUCGGCUUCGAUUGGGACGGUCUCGAGCAGCAACUGCUUAUACCGCCAUUCGUGCGACCCAUCGCUCAUCCAACGGACACAACAUACUUUGAUAAAUUCCCCUGUGAUCCUGAGGAACCGCUAGACGAAUUCUCCGGCUGGGAUGCGGAUUUCUAAAGCACAGCAAGCGGAGCUUCAAGCUUGCUCAAAUUAUUCGUAUUGAUCAUUUUCUUUUCGUGAAAUUUACUUUCAAGUCUUUUUCAUAAAAGCAUUUCUUAAUCGAAUUCGGCUUAAUGGAGACCAACAGCGUACUUCGUAUAAAAUCUUUUCUAAUGUAUUAGUAGUAGUAAGCACUAUACACAGCUAACUUGCGUACAUGGUCAAAAAUGUAGCAAUAAAGCAAUAGCUAUAUUUAGUACACAUACAUGCACAUAUGUGUGUCUAAAAUAUAAAAAUUAAUAUAAACUUUCGUAGCUUUAGUCUUUAACACUACAGUAAUAAUAUUUGCUCAAGUUAUUUAGUAUGAAAAAUUGCAAUGAAAUUGUGUGCCUUGUUCUAUAAGUAAAUGAAAUUUAAUUAAUAGCAUAGUCUUCAAAGAAAUAUAACGCUAUUUUUAACCACACUCUUUGCAAAAUUUUUUAAAUAAUAUAUUUCUGUAUACUAUUGCAUUAUAAAUGUGAUUGUUUGUUAGGAGAGUUCAGCUUACAAAGAUUACUGGAUGCGCCUUGAAACGCAAACAAGUAUUUAGCUUAAAAAAUAACUUUUGUAAUGGAUUAGAUUUUUAGUUUUAAAAGCUUAGUUUAGGCAUCUCAGCACAUUAAAAGCAUUAUGCAAAUAUAUACAUACAUAUAUUAUAUAAUGUAGAAA